ACCAACCAAACAUAGUACUAACUUCUCCUCCAUGAUUGCACUUCAAUUCCUCCUUUCUCAAUCUCAUUAUACAACUUUCACAACUGCCCAUCUUUCCUAUGCACGUAAACGACAUUAUUAUAUUAGCAAUGCCAUCUGAAACCUCAUCAUCCCCGGACACUACUUGUUUCUCUGAAGGUAGUCCAUAUGUUCAACUGGUGUCCAAAACAUUGUCGGACAGGCUCCUAGGCAAGUACUUUGAUGCGUCCGAGUUCGACUUUGAUUACGAGCAGAGCAGCCUAUGGUCUCCGGUGGUUUCCAGAACUGUUUGGUUGACCUCGCCGGGAAACCUGUGUUCCGGCGCCGAGUUCCUCGGCAAGUUAAACAAUGCCAGGAAGCCUCACCGGUUCAGAAUUUAUAUCCAUGCUUGUUUCAAGAUUUUUGGGUGUUCUUGAUGAGCUUUCAGAGGAAGCUUUGUUUCUGCUUUGUAUGGUCUCUUGUGUGCUUGUUAGACAAGGAACGUAACUUGAAUUGAAUCCGAUCUCCAGCAACUUAGUCAAAAAGCAGGUGGUCAAAACUCAAAAGGGUCCACACUCCACAGUAGUUGAAGAAGAUGCAUUUUGUAAACAUAU